CAGAGCUUGGCUGCAGGAUGGGCAAAUCCUCCCCAGGAAUCCCUUCCUUUCUAUUUUCUCCAAUUUCUAGAAUUUUCUCCUUCAUCCCCAAAACAAGGGGAGAUGACAUCUUGCUUUCCCUGAGCCACCUGUGCCCCGCAACCAGCAGAGCCAUGGAUCUGGAAUACGAGCUGCCCAACGCCACCACCUUCUGGUUCUCUCCAGCUUCCCCAUUCGACAACUUCUCCGUAGAGGCCCCCACCAAUGCAUCACAGAAUGCCACAGGCCAGCACUUCGACCUAACCAGCAACGCCAUCCUCACCUUCAUCUACUUUGUGGUCUGCAUCGUAGGGCUGUGCGGCAACACGCUGGUGAUUUACGUCAUCCUUCGUUACGCCAAGAUGAAGACCAUCACCAACAUCUACAUCCUGAACCUGGCCAUUGCUGAUGAGCUGUUCAUGCUGGGACUGCCCUUCCUGGCCAUGCAGGUUGCGUUGGUACACUGGCCCUUUGGCAAAGCCAUCUGCAGGAUUGUCAUGACGGUGGAUGGGAUCAACCAGUUCACCAGCAUCUUCUGCUUGACAGUUAUGAGCGUUGACCGCUACCUGGCUGUUGUCCACCCCAUUAAGUCCGCCAAGUGGAGACGGCCCAGGACAGCCAAAAUGAUCAACGUGGCCGUUUGGGGUGUCUCCCUGUUGGUGAUCAUGCCCAUCAUGAUUUAUGCUGGAGUGCAGCAGAAUCACGGCAGGAGUAGCUGCACCAUCAUCUGGCCGGGAGAAUCAGGUGCGUGGUACACGGGCUUCAUCAUCUACGCCUUCAUCCUGGGCUUCCUGGUGCCUCUCACCAUUAUCUGCCUUUGCUACUUGUUCAUCAUUAUCAAAGUCAAGUCCUCAGGCAUCAGGGUGGGCUCCUCCAAGAGGAAAAAGUCUGAGAAGAAAGUCACCCGAAUGGUCUCCAUCGUGGUUGCUGUCUUCAUCUUCUGCUGGCUCCCCUUCUACAUCUUCAACGUCUCCUCUGUCUCUGUCCUGAUCGUGCCCACACCCGUCCUCAAGGGCAUGUUCGACUUUGUCGUGGUCCUCAGUUAUGCCAACAGCUGUGCCAACCCCAUCCUUUAUGCCUUCUUGUCUGAUAACUUCAAGAAGAGCUUUCAGAACGUCCUCUGCUUGGUGAAGGUCAGCGGCAUGGACGAUGCGGACCGAAGCGACAGCAAGCAGGACAAAUCCAGGCUCAACGAGACCACAGAAACCCAAAGGACCCUGCUCAAUGGUGACCUGCAGACAAGCAUCUGACAGGGCAGCGGGGUUGUCCUUCACUCGCUCUCCUCUCCCCACUUGCUCCCAAAAGCACUGGUAUGUAGGGAGUCGGGCAGGAGUGACAGAGAUGCACACCCUGAUGGGCCGAGUGUCCUAAGCUGGGCUGGUUCCCGAGCUGCUGGUGGGUUGGCUUUCAAGCAUUGUGAAGGAUACGGUUCAAGAGGAACUGCCUCACCAGGAACACAAAGACUGUAGGAAUCCCCACGUGGCAGCACACGUUUGAACACCAAAGUGCCGCUGUGGGCAACAGACAUUGCUGGGACAGCUCUGCUGGUUCUCCUGGUGUUCCCCAUGGGGCUGAAAUUGGCUUUGGGUGCUUUGCCCCGGAACAGUGCUCACAUCGAACUGACGGAUGGAGAAUGUGGCCUGGCUGGGCUGGGACCUGAGUGCACAGGGGGCGGCCUCGGGAGGAACUGAGACCACAGGUGCUGCACACACUGCCUGUGCUACUGCAGAGCUGUGCCAACUGGGAGCCGAGACCUGCUGGGAGCUCCCUGGCAGCACAAGCAAGCUCCUGCAGUCACGUCCUCCCCGGGGAGACAAGGGCUUACAUUCAGCCUGACUUUGUAAGUUAUUCCACUCUUCCCCCAAAGCCUCCCUGCUGCUGUCUGACUGCUUCCUUUGCAGAGAGCUGUCCUGCAUGGAGGAGGCACAGCAGGACAGAGGCAGCCUCCCCGAGGACACAGCCCUCUCCAGCACUUUUGGGUCCCUCCGUGCUUCUCUUCUGCCUCCGCCAGCCCCACAGCCUCCCCGCUGCAGCAGAGCCCCUGCCCUCCUCCCUCCCAUAACAUCACCUUCUCACAGAUUUUCUCUACAGAUGGAGGAUUUUCCCCCUUUUUCCUUCAUUUCUUCUCAGAUCUGUUCACAUCAGCCUCAGGCUGAUCUCCUGAGUGAGCCAUGGCCGGGCUGGCUGAGCAGCCACUGUACAAUCCAGUAGGAAAUUCUUGGAAGCAUUUACUCAGCAGUAGCAUUGGGGUUUGGAGUACAGCUGUGCAGUUGCUGCUCAUCCUGCUGCUGACGGCCAAGUGAGAUGUGGGCUUGUCCUGUCCCUGUGGUGGCACAGAGGAUCACCAGGGCCGGAGCUGCCAUGAGGGAACAUCGCCUGCUUACCAAGAACACCUCCCUGCUCUGACCAGGCAAAUCAUAAAAAAGGAAGGAGUGAUGGAGAAGAUGGCUGACAGGAAGUCGGGGUGCAACGGGGCUUGACCCUCAUCUGAGCCAGAAGGACUGGGCGGAGCAGAGGAUCCUGAGCUGGAGAAGAAGCCUCUGAGGUGCAUGGAGUCCCCGGGCUGUCUCUUCUAUGGGAUGGCUGCAGCUGCUCAUGUCUCCACUCCCUGUUGCUAACAGCAAGGCUGUGACCACUGCAAGCCACCCCUGUCACUGCUGGGGUGCACGUCCUGCAGGUAACUGCAGAGGGGGGACAGCAUUUUCCCCAGGGGCUUCCAGCACAAAACCAGCAGGAAGAGCAGAGAAGAGCAUCCAGACCCCAGUGCCUCUCCUGUAGCCAACGUGGGAGAGCCUGCGUCCCCCUGGUCCCAACCCUGCCAGGGCUGUGCAGAGGGGAGAUCAUCACCAAGGCACAGGCAAAGAGCGCAGCAGACCUCAAAGUCGACCUUGCCAUCACUACAUCUGAAAAAGCAAACUGCUGCUUUCUGACCUGAGGACACGUCUACCCUUCCCUGUCAGCCUGCAACCCCAGCUGCACACUGCUCGUGUCAGAUUUCAUCCUGCUGUUUGCUCCAGGACCAGGACAGCAAAACCCAGGAGCACCAAGGACGUGGCUCCAGCUGGGACCAGGGGGCCUGACUGGAUCUGUGCCCUGACCAGGAGGAGACAAGGGAUGCAAAGUCCAAGUACCCCACACUGUACUGCAUGGUCAGGAGGGAAGGGGUGGGUGGUUGUACAUAUGUGUAUAUAGCAGACAUGCCAGCAGAAGGUUUUAUUGUCCCUGAUGCUGUAGAGACACUCUGCACUCCUCUGUUUUGCUGUGCACCCCACAAGCAGCGUGCAGGAGCAGUCAGACCCAGCUCUUUGGGUGCCCUUCACUAUCCAUGUGGGGCUGGCUGUGGCAUGCAUGAGCCUGGAAGCAACUGCUGUGCUGACAGGCAACUAAAGCACUUGAGCAGGGCAAGGGGAGAAGAGCUUAGGCUGCUGCUAAGUGAUGAGUCCUUCCUAGCCAAGCUGGGGUUCCUCAAGCAGCACUGUGCCACAUUGCCAUGUUCUGUACAUACACCCCUCUGUAUCUGUAUCUGUGCUCUGUAUAGUGUGUGUGGGUCUGGUGUAAGACAUUGUGACUGGAACAUGAUGGAGAGCACUUCUGCCUGAAGCCUUUCUCUCUGUAGCAAUAUGAUGUUUCUUGGUGUCAGUGUGGAACUGAGCCUUCUUACAGCAAAGGCUCCCGGCUGUCUGUGUCACUGGGAUGGAAAUGUGGAUGGGGGUGGGAGGAAAGUAAACAAAUUUUCCUACCA